AUCGAAGCACGCCCGACUCUGCCCACCACCGGCGCUUAAGCCGCCCAACGGAGCAGAGCAACCUCAUGCCCGUGCCGGCUGAUAACGAUAAACCUUAACGGCGCCCCACAGACCCUGCUCGCCCAUCGAAAGCCUAGACAGUUCUUACCGAGUCCCCCCUACAAAACCUUCCCUGGCGGCUGCCACAUUGCAAAGUUCAACCCUGGAAGCUCACAGCGACAUGGGGUCUGUAGCCCCUGCAUCGCCCGAGCGGAUCACAACCAGUCCUAUCCUUCACGUCGUCCACUUCCGCUUCUAUCCCUCCAUCACACCCGAAGUUCGCGCGAGCAUAUCUCAAGCAUUUCUCGACCUCCGAUACACUUGCAUUUCACCCACCACCAAAAAGCCAUACAUCAAGUCAUUCACUGGUGGUCGGGACGUCAGCAUCGAGAAUCUCCAGCACGGGUUCAGUCAUGUAUUCAUGUUGGAGUUUGAGACCCAAGAAGACAGAGACUGGUAUGUCAAUGAGGACCCAAUUCAUAGGAGGUUCGGGGUGGAACAGUUGACUGGUGUGGUGGAGGAUGUCAUGGUGGUGGACUUCAGGAGAGGAGAACUCUAGAGGCCAACCCUUCUCACUACCGGUUACGCACUAAACGAAGUGAGGUGACUGAGUGGUCAACGAAACAGAAUAUAGCAUUGCAUUGUGACGGCAUUACAUUGAGAGUCAAAAAGACAUCGGUGAAACAUCACGGCAGCAUCAUCAAACACUCGAUACCAA